GGUCCCAACCUGAGGGGACGCGGCGGGGCCACGAGGCUGGCGGAGAGGCGCUUCGUCUGGCCGGAACUCUCUGGCGCUGUAGCCGCCGCGGCCCUACCUCCCCCUCACCCCCCGUCGCCCCGCUCGAGGCCGUGGAUGCCGCUGCUGUUGGCUUGCGCCGCACAGGGACCGCCAUUGAGGUCCGGCGCUGCUGCGGCGGUUGGUGCUUAACUGCCGUGCUACCCCUUCCCCCGCGCGCCCUCGCUCGUUCGCUCGCUCCCCGCCCCCAGCAUGCCAUGGGGAACGGCUGGGCGGCGCAGUGGUGCUGCUGGCUCUUCCCGAGGCGGGAAACGGGACGGCUCCAACGAGGAGGAGGAUCAAAGUACUUCAGGACGUGUUCUACAGGAGAACAUUUCACAAUAGAGUUUGAAAAUCUGGUUGAAAGUGAUGAGGGUGAAAGUCCAGGAAGCAGCCAAAGGCCUUUAACAGAAGAAGAAAUUGCUGCUCUGAGAGCAAGGCAUUAUAAUUCCAUUGCUGAAAAACAAAGAACACUAGAUUAUAAGCUUCAGUCAGAGUUAGCCAUACAAGAGGAGAAGUUAAGAAUAGAAGAGGAGACUUUAUAUGCUGCGCAGCGUGAAGCAGCCAGGGCAGCAAAGCAGAAAAAGCUCUUGGAGCAACAAAGGCUGCAGAGGAUAACACAAAGAGCACACUUGGGAAACAGUGGAGAUAAUCAAAGUUCAGUGACAGAAGAGGACUUUGAUACUUACUUGAGAAAUGUAAAACUACAAUACGAAGCUUUUCGGAGUAGCAGGCUCUCAUCUGAUGCUACUGUUCUGACACCAAAUACAGAGAGCAGUUGCGACUUAAUGACCAAAACGAAGUCAACCAGUGGAAAUGAUGAUAGUAACUCCUUAGAUUUAGAGUGGGAAGAUGAAGAAGGUAUGAACAGAAUGAUUCCAUUGCGGGAGCGUUCAAAAACUGAAGAGGAUAUACUCCGGGCAGCACUAAAAUUUAGUGGCAAGAAAACUGGAAGUAACCCAACUUCUGCCUCUGACGACUCUAAUGGUUUGGAAUGGGAGAAUGACUUUGUUAGUGCUGAAAUGGAUGAUAAUGGUAACUCUGAGUAUGCUGGAUUUGUAAACCCUGUCUUAGAACUGUCUGCAUCUGACAAAAAGACAUCUGAUGCUGAUCAGCAAGACAGAUAAUGAAGUCAUGGUUGAAGUUGGACAAAAAUCUCCGGUUCUGUAUUGUGUGCAAGUCAUUGCUGCUGCACAACUUCCUUUAAAAUAAGGAAGUUGCACAUUGAUGAUACUUAAUUAACUAAGACCCAGAUUUCUUCUAGACAGCAAAGGAAACCAUGUGAUAAUGUCCACCAGUUACAAAAUAAGAGUGUGGCUUGCCGUCCGAAUUCAGAAUUUUAAGUGCAAUUUUAUCAUCAGCCUUCAAAACUUACAUGGAAGUUCUGGAGUGAUUCUGUUGUGUCUGUGUUUGGAUUUUAGUAUACAUCUAUCUGCACUAAUUGAAUCAUCACAGCUACAUAUUUUUAGAGCUGUAUUUCUGAUUUGUUUAACUAUUAACAUUGGAGUAAUAACUUCAAUUUAAUAAUACUUGAAUGUUUAAACUAGAGAACAACUUUAUAAAUUUUCUUUUGUUGUGAAAAUCAGUAAGGAAACUAUAUAUAUGUAAAACUGAAAUACCCUUUCUAUGUAUUUAUUUACUUUAACAGAAAGUCAGAUCUCCAGCACAAUGCAUCUCACGCUUAAGUAUAUUAAAAGCAUCAUAAAAGGCAACAUUUUAUAUUGUAAAAUAAUGAACUAUGAACAGUCAUAGGCUGAAACAUUUUGAACAUUUAUUUAAAUAACUGGAAACUGCAGUAUAAGUUUUUGAAGAUCAAACGUUGAGAGAACCAAAGUUUCCAUUUUCCUCCCAACUGUGAAAUGCCAAAUGCUGCUAAGUAUAAGGAUUUUAGUUGCAUAUGUAUUUAAGAAAAACAAAAUUAAUUUUGUUCCACACACUAAUUUUAAUGAGAGCUGAUGUUAAUUGCUAAAGCUCAGAACAUCUAGUGUGUUUUAUAUGCAGAAGGCAUAUAUUUCUCAAGCUUGCUUUUCAGUAAUACUGCUACAUCUGGGCAUGUGUUUGCCACUCAAACUUUUGAUGUAUACUAAAUUUGAAUGUUGGAGAACACAGUAGAUCAAUGAGCAGGAGAGUACUUGCUUUGUGUGAUCACUGUUGGAGGCUGCUGGGCUGCAUGCUGUCCUCUGCCAAUUGUACAGUCUUCUGUUCCCCUUUUGGGGAAUUGGAGGAGAGAAAUUUAUUGCAGGAGAUACAAAGUUGAAGCUGUGCAGUUAUGAAUAAACAGGAUCAUGGCUCAUGGUAGUAACUUCUGUUAGUUGAUGGGGAGGGGUGGCAGCAGCUCGGAAUGUGAAUAGGGCAGCAUAUGGAGUCUUAGGAGCAGCUAUACAACUCCUGCAUAAGCUUCUACGGGGGCUAAUGAUUGUGCUGGCCUCCACACAGUUGCUAAGUUGUCUGCAUAGGGUGAAUAUGCAGAGGAAGUACCUCUCCCUGUGAUCAGUUGUGUUGCAAAAGCAGUGUUGCUGAUUACAAGGAGGAGCAUAUACACAGGCAGUUCCUCCCCGCAUGUACUCUGAUCACUUGCGGGGAGGGGGCAGGGCAGCAUGCUCAUGCCUGUUCUGCUUCCCCAUGUGGUAAGUGAACACACUGACGUAUCAGCUGCAUAAGGAUUUAGUUUUGAUGUUUAUUCAUCUUUAACUUCCAUCUCUCAGACUGACAUCCACCCAUAAUUAACGAGUUGUACAGUGAGAGUAAGCUCUUUUCUUGUCUCUCUGAUAGUUUUAAUUUUGGUUUGGCUCUCACAAUUUCCAAACUUGAUUAAGUCUGCAUUAACUUCAUUCCAGAUUCAGAAUGUUUACUUUUUAUACGUAUCAGUCACUGCCCCAAAUGAUAUACUAUGGAUCAAUGGUUAGUGGCAUUAAAGAAUUAUGAAAUGUUUACGGUCUUAACCUGUGUAAUAUACCAGAUCAUAGUAGACUGAUUCCCCCCGUGCCUUUUGUUUAAGACAGCUGUUGACCAUUAUGACCAUGUACAUAUGACACCUUAAACAGCAUAACCUUUCUUAAUGUAUUGCAUUUCUUAAUCUGAAGCUUUAUUCCUAAAAGUACUUUACAUGUGAAACUAUACACUUGCAAUGCCUGUAACAUGCUUUAUAAGGUUUGUACACUUAAAAUGUAUAUUUUGGGUUUGACAUAAGCUACUGUGUAUCAACUUUUUCAUGUUAUCAGCUCUUAAAUUUCUCAAGCUGUUAAUAAAUUUUAUACACACUUCACACA